AUGAAGAUGUUCAGCUUCGCCAUCUGGCAACUGCGCUCCUCAUACCUCUCGACGAUCAAAGACGGCAUCGGUGACCGCUUGAUCAACGUCAACAACUCUGUCCUCAACACCCCAGGCUUCCGCGCUGCCGGUUGGUCGGCCGUUGCUACCAACGGCACCAGUGCUAGCAGCAUCAAGCGCACCUACUCCCCUCCGAUCCCAACCACGGCGGCCGUCUCCUCCGAAUACUUUCGGCUAGCCGUACGAGAUGCAAACGCUGCACGGGAUGAGCUACAAGGCCUUGGACUGGAAGGAGGUGAGGAAGAUGAAGGGGGCAUGGUGACCGGCAAAGGCAACAUGGAUUACACAGGUCGAAGGAAUCAUGCUCGAGGAAAGAAGAAAGGCCGACGCGACCAUAACCAAGAGACACAACCGCCGGUAGUCCCCGAGGAUGACGAUAGCAGUGACUUGAGUGAUGACAGCGACGAGGAGAGUGAAAACUUGCGCCCGUCGGCCGACGCGAUCAAAUUUAACAAGAUGCCCAUACGCCGGGACCGAGCCGAUUCCUCUCCUAUUCGUUCGAUUGAACACCGAGAACGACCAGAGGUCAUGAUCACCUCGCCCUCGACACAGAAUGUGGCUAGCCAUUACCGCACGGGGUCGCUGGGGACUGCGGUUUCCGGCAAGCAACAACGCCCGCGAGGGGAUACAACAACGAGCAGUGACUACCUGUCAACAGAUAACGAGGUCGACUCUCAGAGCUACAAACCGGGCCAGGUCCAGUUCUCGACCGCUGAUCACGCAGUGGAUCGUCCCCGCAGACGACGGGAACGGACUGGUAGCCGUGGUGCGGACAGUAUCGUCCUCGAGGAUUUGCACGAGCAGGAUGAGGACUCCGGCGCAGAGUCCGUGGGAUCUGCCUUGUCCUCGGAAUUUGAUGCCACAGCCGGCUCUGGCUCAUUGCUGCUAGCUGGAGUCGGCAUUAAUGGUACAUUGAACGCGUCCUCUCCAGUGGUCCUGAUGCACAAGCUUCCCGCAAACACUGGACCCAGUCAGAGCAGCUCUCCGCGUAAAACUAAAACCCCAGCGCCCGAGUUACAUGACCUUCCACCACCGCGGCCUAUCAGCACAUUUAAGCCAGUCAGUUUGCUCACUAAACAGCUUAAGUCUAGGAAACGAGCUCCGAGCAAUCCUGUGGAGAAGUUCAUCGUUCUUUCUGGCAAAGAUCAGGCUGAUCCACUACACCUCAAGAUCUAUGUUCCAUUUUCAUCCGAUCCUGAAGAUCCACUGGAUCUACCCCUCACGCGAGAGUCUAAACUUGCAGAGCAACCUGCGAUAGUCACUGUUGCCGAGACGAUCGGUCUUGCACUUUGGAAAUACUCCGAAGAGUCGCGUGAUCCAUCUAUCGACCGAGAGAAACUGACAGUCAACCGAUGGACUCUGCGUAUGGUCGACGAUGGCGAAGUCGAGUACGACUUCCCGGCGCUCGGACGAACACUUCCGAUGACGGACUUCACAUCGAACAAUAACAACGCGGCGAAAAUGCGUGGCCGGUCACGAGGCAAGCCAUACGACGAGUUUGCACUUGUCGAAGCGACCAAUACAGAGUUUGAGGAGAAUGAACGACUGCAUCCGCAAUUCAGCCAAAGUCUUGGGUCUGAUGAGGGUGAGCCCCCUGUCAACCUAACAGUCCCGGGUGCCCCAGGCGCCUCUCAACCCACUCCGCCAGUCAAGCCCGCAAUAGGACGACAGAACCCGAUUCUCGGCCAGCCAUUCUCCUCCGCAUUGAACGACAACACGCUGACGCCAGCGGAUCGACCAAUGGUUCCCAUUUCGCAUGCUACCCCGCGCAUGGGUGUGACUAAGACGUUGAAGAUUCGCUUCGUUAACCUAGAGGCCGCUGCGCAUACGAUGACCCUGAAUCCCUCUACGGACAGCUACAUUGCAGAGCUCCUGGACGCAGUGUGUAAGCGCUGGGGUCUGGAUAAGGGCAACUACCUCCUCAAGGUGAUGGGCUCGAACACUAUUGCGCCGCUUGACCGUACCGUGGAGGCAUUGGGCAACAUCACGGAAUUGGACCUAGUCCGCCGACGCUUCGGGGCUGGCCCUCUUUCACUCGGCGGCUCACCUGGUAGUUCUUCACCCAAUGCCCCGCUCCAGGUAGACAGCAACCCUCAAGCAACCUUGAAGAAGGGCAAGAAGGGCGGGAAACCCAUGCUGCCUUCAUUCUCACAGAAGCAAGAUCUUAUCGCCGGCUACUACCGCCGGUACCAUGUCUUCCGCAAACAACCCAUGACCUUCACUGCUUCGAACCACAGGAUUUUGACAUUCGAUAACGACUAUAUGCACAUGGUGCCUGGCGAUACAGGCAAAACAGCGGACACAAAAACACGCUCGAUCAAUUUCAAUGAUGUCGUGGGAUGUAAGGUCAGCCGGCGGCAUCCAAAGAGUUUCCGAGUGGUGGUGCUCCGCGGCAACGAAGCGAACGAACAAAAACGUUAUGAUUUUGAGGCCCGCAAUGCUUUGGAGGCUGUCGAAAUCGUGGAUGAGAUUAAGAAGAACAUGACACAAUAUCGUAUAUGA